CGGCCCCAUACAUGAGCAGUAUUUCUAUCUUUGUGUACUACUUGUUCUUCUUCAUAUUUAUUAAAAUUAGUUAUUGUAAAACCCUUCAAUCGAUUUAUUUCCGGCGUUCUCGGAUGCUGCCUUACCUCAGAAAUCCGGUUCAGAUAUCAAUAUUGCAAAAUAGACAUGUAUGGGCGGACAUCCGACUUGCCGUUGCUAACGACCCUCGUCGGAUGUCCGAUUUACCGCCCCUCGCGAGACUAUGGAUUCUGAUACACUAGAUAUGUUAGUUAUACACGGUACCGACACCUAAACGUUUAGGUCUCCAACACUUCCCUAUUGAGUAAGUAACUAAAAGGCUACUCUCCAC